AAAUUUUCUGUUGAGAGUGCAUUUGACCAAAGUUCAAACUCCAGCAGAGAGAGAAAGAUCGAUUAUAUGCUUCAUAAAGGGAAAUUUCCUCACGAGAAGAAACACUUUCGCUUGCCUUUACUAGUAAGAUGGCCACAAGACAAAGAAAGAAGAUGGAUUUCUCGUUCUCCUUUUCCUUUUUCGAGGAGCCGCUUCAAAUUGGAGUUGUUUUUAUGAUGACCGGGUUGUUCAUCUUUGGACACACGAUAGGAAUACUUCUCUCGUUUUACGUUCUCCUUACCCCCGUCUACGGCUUCAUGGUCAUUUAUUUGUUCUGGACUUAUUUCUUUGAUUUGAAAACAUCCUCGAAAGGAGGAAGAAGGUCCGAGACAUUUCGCAAGCUGAAAAGCUGGGAGUAUUUUCGAGACUACUUUCCCGCACGACUUGUAAGAACAAAGCGGCUGGAUCCAAGAAGGAACUACAUUCUCGGAUACCAUCCUCAUGGAAUCAUGUGUUGUGGAGCUUGGAUCAAUUUUGCUACAGAAGCCACUGGAUUCAGUAGACUUUUUCCGGGCAUAAAAUCACAUCUUCUCACUCUAACUUUGAUGUUCAAAUUUCCACUGUGGAGAGACUUUGUAAUGGCAGGUGGAGUGUGUGAUGUCUCCAAAGAAAGUAUUCGUCAUAUAGUGACUAAGCAGGGGACUGGGAAUGCUGCAGUGAUUGUGAUUGGUGGAGCAGCAGAAUCUCUUGAUGCCCGUCCAGGAUCUUACACUCUGACCCUAAGAAACCGGAAAGGAUUUGCAAAGUUGGCUUUGCAGACAGGAGCAUAUCUUGUUCCUGUGUUUUCCUUUGGUGAAAAUGAAAUAUAUAAUCAAGUUGACAACCCAAGAGGUUCAAGACUGCGAGCUUUUCAAAACAAGUUGAUGAAAAUACUGUCCUUUGCACCACCACUGUUUUUUGGAAGAGGAAUCUCACGUAUCUUGCCCACAUUUCUGCCAUACAAAAGACCAAUAUGUACUGUUGUUGGUGCACCAAUACCAGUAAAGAAAGCUGUAGCAAAUCCAAGUGGACAACAAAUAAACAGACUUCACAAGAAAUAUGUUCAGGGACUUAUUAACCUUUUUGACCAGCAGAAGCACAGAUAUGGCCUGCCAAGAAGUGUUAAACUGCGAAUUGUCUAGAUGGGAUUGUGAAGCAGCUUAUUAUGAGCAGAGAGCUCUAUUUACUCUUAAAUCAAAUUAUAUUCUGUAAAAUAAGAUAUACCAGACUCUAAGUAAUGUACUCAGCCAUCUAUUACUUUUACAUGUGAGUUCCCAAAUGGUCUUGGAGAUGUGGUGUAUGAGUCCAGGAUAUCAACAUAGUUGUGUUUUCUGUGGUGAUGAUUUGACUUCUGUGCUUGAGUAAGAAUUAUGAACACUUUUUCACACAGUAUCCUGAAGGAAGGCCAUGGUCACAUUUAAUUUUAUAUUCAACCUAGAAGUUGAUGGAUAUAUUGUAACCCAGUGUUCUAUGGAUAUUAGUUUGCCUUUCAUGAAAUUUAUAUGGAAGAGUGAAAUAAAAUUUACUAGGGAAGUUAAACUCAACUCAAAAUUAGAGUUAUGAAUUUUUGUAAGGGAGAAACCUGUAAUCAGUUUUGUCCCAUUCUGGGCAUAUAAGCCGUUAAAAUACAUUGGAUCUCAUUUUAUUAUUUAAAAAUAAUAUAUUUGAUUUUUAUAACAGAAGAUUUAUCAAAAAAGUUUCUAAAACAUUAUUUUUACUUUUGAUUAUAAGAAGAGUGAUCGUUAAUAUAACUAUU